AUGGCAAAGAAAUCUGAGAACAUUGGUGGUAAAUUAGUAACUGUGUCCAUUGUUGGAUUGUCUGGUACUGAGAAAGAAAAGGGUCAACUGGGUGUGGGAAAAUCCUGUUUGUGCAAUAGAUUUGUCCGCACAGACGCUGAUGACUAUAAUGUUGAUCAUAUUUCUGUUUUAAGUCAAUCGGACUUCAGUGGUCGUGUGGUCAACAAUGAUCAUUUUCUUUACUGGGGCAGCGUUCAUAAGGAGCAAGAUGAACAAGAGUAUCGCUUUGAAGUGGUUGAACAGACUGAGUUUGUUGAUGAUGCCUGCUUUCAACCAUUCAAAGCUGUUGGCAAAACCGAAACUUACAUCAAACGGUGUGUGGCCACUAAACUGCAGUCUGCUGAGAAGUUAAUGUAUGUGUGUAAGAAUCAAUUGGGUAUUGAGAAAGAAUAUGAACAGAAAUUGAUGCCGGAGGGAAAACUAUCCGUUGAUGGAUUCCUUUGUGUGUACGACGUUAGUUUAGUACCCGGACGAAGUUGGGAGAAACAAAAUGAAACCCUGGUACUUAUACUCCAGAACAUAAUAAAGUUGAAAAAACCGGUUGUGUUAGUUACAUCAAAGAAUGAUGAGGCUUGCGAGCAAGGUGUUCGAGAAGCGGAGAGAUUGGUGCAGAGGAAGGAGUUUAAAGGAGCUAUACCCAUCGUGGAAACAUCGAGCCAUGAUAAUGUUAAUGUAGACCAAGCAUUCUUUCUAUUGGCACAGAUGAUUGAUAAAUCCAAAGCUAGGAUUAAGGUGGCGAACUAUUCAGAGGCUUUGCGGAUACGAAGGGAAACUCUCGAUUUUGUCACAGAGGCAUUCACUCAGCUGAUAAGAAUACAUGUACAGGAUCACAAAGAGAUGUGGUCGGCGGUUAGCAAAAGAUUGUGUCACUAUCCAGAAUGGAUCAAAUUUGUACAACAGUUUGGAAACGAUGGAACUCAGGUGGUUUUUCGACGUCACAUCCGCCGUCUGAAGGAGGAACGAUCAGCUAAGAAACUGAGGAAGCAGUUGGCCAAGUUACCACAAGUCCUUACUAGGAUGCAGUUGUCUACUGACGACAUGCAGGAAAGUGACUGGGGCUCCGUUGUCCGUCAGAUACGUUCUCAUCGUCACUUCUCGGUGUACUUCACGGAAACGAGACCUAGGGGUAGUUCUGAUAGCGGCUCGGACGAACAACCACAUGACGCUACGCUUAGGGUUGGUGAUAGGGCGAAGUAUCAGACUUUGGGUCAAUCUCAGAAGAUACCGUUCGAGAUUUUGGAAACGAAUGAAGCGGCAGCUAUAUUCAAAACAUACUUACACGAAGCACAAGAAAAACAACGGAACUUUGAAUGGUGUCAGCAAUUCAAACGUCUAUUAGAAGAAACUGGUUACGUAACCCCAGGGAAACAAUUGUCAGAAGUAAGAGUGCUAUUGAUGGGCAGAGAGUGUUACGAAGCUUUGACAGAGGAACAACAGCAGAGAGUGUAUGACGACCAUCAGAGGGAAAUACAGAGACGAGCUAAACAUAACCUACAGGAACUGUUAUUGGAGCACGCGGAUCUGUUUUACCACUUCAAGCGGAUAUCACCCACAGGAACCAUAACACAGGAAGAUAUAAAGGAAAUCACUGAUGUGCUGCAAGAUGACUUCCGAUACAAGAUGUUAGAUCGUAUGGAGCAAGAUCGUAAGCUAAUGUUGUUUCAACAUCUUGGAUUCGUUCACUGUCCCAUGAGGGAACAUUGUCCGGCUGGCUCAAACUGCUUGGAUGCAACGCUACCUGUUAUACUUAACACUAGAGUUGGAUCUCUGACGUCAUCGAGUGAGUCUCAAUGCCUGGCAGGUCCGCCAGCGGCGCCCUGGGCCCUCACAAGCGACUCGGACCAUAUCAACGUUAUUAUAUUAGGGGUGGAAGGCGUGGCGGGUGAAUUCGGCAAGCGUCUGUCAGCUGGUUGUGAGAGUGAGCGUCGUGUGAGUGCGUCCGUCCCUCGCCGGUUAGAUCUUAGGCUGAGAACAGACGACUUCGCUACUGACGCACCGUCUGACUUCGCGCCUAAUGGAUAUUUCUGCGUGUAUCAAGAUCAGGAAUCUUUUGAAUAUAUUCGAGGUUGUGCUGAAAAAACACUCCUGUCUAGUCUGGAACAAGAAGAUAAACUUCCAUUUCAGGGCUUGCCAUUAGUUGUAAUGUUCGUCCAAGACGAGGGUAUGGAUAAAAAGGAGUUGGCCAGACUACAGGAGGAAGGACAGAAUCUCGCUGACAAUCUUCAUUGCUCAUAUAUGGAGGCGUCGGUUAACGAAUUGGGCACCGAGGCUUUUACAACAGAUGCUAUACAAGAGUUAAUACGAGCGAAUAGAGAAAAAGCUAGUUACGCUCAUCUGUAUAGAGAUCUCAUUGUCUGCUUUGAUGCUGAUAUACGUAUAAUGGUGUGCAUGUUCUGUGACGACCCCUACUCUCCGGAGCGCGCGCUCGGUCCCCUACUACAACAUCGAGCUUGUUUUUUAACGGGCGACCGAUCCAUACUUAUUGAGACAUUUUUGGGCGAUUCUAAGAGGAAAGUCGAGGUUAUAAUCUCAAGUUUCCACGGCGCGAGUCAGUUUAGAGAGGAACUUAUACAUGGAUUCAUUCUGAUAUACUCUGCUAAGAGGAAAGCUAGUUUGGCUACACUCAAUGCGUUUUCAAUGAAUAUUCCCAAUCUGCCAAUACAAAUGGUAGCUGUGACGGAAGGCGGUGGCUCUGCCAGUGCAUUUUUUGGCACUGAUCUUGGCCACGCUCUCAUAACGGACGGUAAUGCCACGGCCGAUAGACUAGGAGCACAUUUCACUACUUACAGCUGUGCGGCGGAAAAUAAAUCUGCUUUCUACACUCCAUUCUUCAAGGAGGUGUGGGAGCGUAAGGGUGAGAUUGAGAGGGCGUUCCGUUUAGAGGCGCCCCACGGUCGGUCACAUAACCCACACAACCUGCCGGAUGUAGCAGCGGCCAGGCCGGCGCCGCCACCGAGACUACACUCAUAUCAUUUGGACCAUAAAAUGGAACACAAGCUGACCAAUUCAUUAGACCUCCUGAUCGGCCCAGACUCUCGUGCGGACAUAGACUCGGAGUAUAGCGACACACUCAAUAACUCUAAGAAUAGGGGAUUUUUGAAAGGUUUUAGUGUGUACCCACCACCCAGUACGCCGCCAGAGCCCGCCCCGCCAGACCACAGGAUGCAUGCUGAUCUAUCACAUGGUGGGGGCUGGCAACCCGCGGGUUACGGACAAAGAGCUUUUACUACAGGUCGAGCAAGACCACAUCACGCACAUCCAAGAUUGAGGCAUUCACAAACAUUGAAGCAACCAGGUAAAUUGGAUAUGAAUAACUACACUAUAGUGAGCGACGCGCUGCAACAUAUUACUAUAGGACAACCACAACAUAGAGAGAGAAAGUCUCAACACUCUGGCUGGUCUCACUCCGGACAGACUCACCAUCCAUCAGGAGUUAGUUCAGAAACUGAAUUAGACGCGCAGUACGCACAGAUCAAAGAAACCAACGAAUAUAUGGAGGCGCCCUCUAUGACGAGGUUACGGAGACAUCGGAGACACGAAAAAACAACUAUGCAUCAACCUUCUUUCUCCGAGACUGAUAGUUCCGGGUCGAGUUCAACGUCGGGCGGCGCUCGCGCACACGUGCGACGCAGACAUCACGCGCACGCGCCCAGACACUAUAAGAAACGUUCUUUAGGUAAUCUAGUAGCAGUACAAAGUCCUAGAGUUCCAAAGCUUGGUAUGUUUGUUGGCCCUCCAGAGUUACCGACCGGGUAUAGGGCGAGGACACAGGAGGAUAAAGGGAGUGAAUCAAGUGAUGGUAGUUCUGACAACGAAUCAAGACGCACACGACCUUUACCACCGCCGCCCCAUCAUGAACCACAGCUUAAGAUGUUGUCCGGUGAAUAUCCUUCGACUCAGGAGAAUUCGUCUUCAAGUGCAGCGGACUCACGCAGGAGACAGGCCUUCGGUAAACAUGACCGAAGACAUAAGGAAUUUUCAAAAAGCAAAGACAAGAAGAACUCAGCUCCGUUGCAGAACACCAACUCAAUACAAAAUUGGGGUCCACAGGGCCCUCACGGAGUACCUCUAUUCGUUGAGAAGUGUAUAGAGUUUAUAGAACGAGAGGGUUUAGCGUCUGAAGGAUUAUAUCGCGUUCCUGGGAAUAGAGCACACGUUGAUAUGCUUUUCUCUAAGUUUUAUGAAGAUCCAAAUAUAGAUCUAGAAUCGCUAGAUAUACCUGUGAAUGCUGUUGCUACAGCGUUGAAGGACUUUUUCUCAAAGAAACUUCCACCGUUAUUAGAUGAAGCUAGUAUGGCGCAGUUGGAAGAUAUAGCGGCAAUGCGAGGUUGUAUCGCCGGCGGAGUUGAAUUAAAAGACCGUAGCUGGAGGCUGUUGGCGCUAAGAGCAUUACUAUCAUCUGCACUCACGCCGCCCGCAAGAUCUACACUGGAUUACUUACUGCAUCACUUUGCACGUGUCGCCGACAAUUCCAAGUUGAACUCAAUGGAUAGUAAGAACCUCGCCAUAUGCUGGUGGCCGACUUUACUUCCGGUGCAAUUCAGUGAUAUGGGCAGAUUCGAGAUGACCCGCCCGUACUUGGAAGAUAUCGUUCAAACUAUGAUAGACCAGCAUCCCUUUCUAUUCAGGGGUCAGGAAGCGUUUGUCAUGGGGUAA